GUAUUCAUUUAAACUGUACAAACUAAAUCAGGGCGGUAUGUAUGGAUGCGUGGGAAAGGAAGAACGUAUAGCGGGCGUGGUGGCAAGAUGUUAAAAUGUUCACAUACUUGACCCAAUCUGUUAGUCAACCGUGGUAGACGUAAGUCAUCGAUCAUCAGAGACGACGUAAGGAAUGUCCGCGACGUUGAUGAUUAAGACUAAAGUGCCGCUACAGCGGCGGUCCACCUCAAUGGCUCUCGUUCCGGGGGAGGCAUCGGAGGAUGGAGACUUUGUCACCCUCCGGGCGUACAGAGAUAAGAGAAGAAAAGAGAAGACAAAGGACAUAGAACUACCCACAAUAGCCGAGCAUCCUGACAACUCAAAGAAGGUCUCCCAAAGUGACAUUUCUGUCCACGAGAAGGCACCUCUACACAGAGAACCCACUGUUGCCAAUGCACACGUCAGGGAUGAGCUGUUUACUGCAGUAGAAGAGGGAUCUGUUGAAGAACUAAAAAAUAAAAUCAUUCAUCUCCCGGCAGACUUGGUAAUCACAAGCGAAGCUCUUUGGAAGCCGAAAACUCGUGAAAACAUCCUUCAUUUUGCUUUUGAAAAUGGUAAGAGGGCGAUCAUUGAGUAUUUCAUGAAUACAUUCGACCCGAAGUUAACCGCGGUGUUGAUGGGUGAAGACUACGAGGUGUUUAUGGGAAAUCUUCAUGGGAAGAAAAACAUACUCCACAAGAUCACCGAGAUGAAAGACAUAGAGUUAGCAAGACAAGUUGUCAAGAAAAUGUCCAUCUAUAACAAGAACACCCUGAUGCAACUUCUGAAACAAGAAACACCAGUACAGAUUGCAGGGCAACGUCCAAGGACCUUCCCAUGCCUUCACCUCGCCGCCUUCUACGGCUACACCGACUUCGUCCAGUUCUACCACGACUGUGGCAUGGAUGUCAAUCACAUCAACGCCAAAAAGGACACAGCCUUGCUUUGGGCAGCCCGAUGGGGUCAUGAGGACACAGUGAGGGUAUUAUUAAAAAGAGGAGCAAAGCCAAAUCUUGAAAACGACAAAGGUUCUACAGCCUUAUAUUGGGCAGUUAGAUAUGGAUUUACUGGAACGGUGAGACUGUUGGCAGAGGAAGGUUCCGCCGAUGUCAACCUGACAAGAAAGCUCGGUCUUGUUGCGCCCAUAGUGUUGGCGUCUGCUCUCGGACAUGACGAGAUCGUGAAGAUAUUGUUGAAAAAUGGAGCAGACGUGAAUCAUGUGAUCAGAGGCAGAGAGAGGCCAAUACACCACGCAGCGCGGGAAGGGAACACAGACGUCCUUCUGAUUCUACUCAACAAUGGCGCGGCUAUUGACGAGACUGAUGAACGUGGCGACACAGCACUUAUCCUCUCAGCCAGGUACGGGCACGGACAGAUCCUAGCUCACCUUAUCAAACAUGGAGCCGACAUCAACCACAAGAACCACAACGGAGAAGGCGUGUGGUAUUUCGCAUUUGAAAAUGACACAAGCCGAAUCCUAGAGAUCCUCAUUCAAGUCCUCCAAAACAUGGGCUUUCUGAAGCCAUCUGAAGAAGAUAAGAACAAAUUAACUUUCACCAAGGAUGUCAAAUCUCCCAUUCUUCAGGCAGCUAGUCUCGGGCUUGUUGACAAAAUAAAUAUGUUGCUGGGUCUAAAUCUUGACCCAACAGCAUGUGACGAAGAAGGAAAUUCAUUGCAUCACCACGCAGCAAUGUCCAAUCAGUUUCAAGUUAUUAAAACAUUUCAUUCACAGUACAGCAUCGACGCUCAAAACGCCAGAGGUCAGACAGCACUGCAUCUAGCGUGUAAAUCCGGACACCAUGAAACUAUCGAAGUACUAAUUCAACUAAAGGCAAAAGCAGGUGUAAAGAAUUUAAGAGGCGAAACGGCUCUCCAUAUGGCCGCAUCUUCCAAGUCCAUUCGCCCCGACACAGUUAAAAUGCUUCUGGAGCAUAUCAUCAAGACGCACACAUGGGAGAGUCUCAAUGUCAGGGACGACAAGGGGAAUAACCCAUUGCACACCGCGGCAGAAUUUGCCUCCCAAGACGUCCUUUGGGAGUUCCGGUUUGUUCGACUCAAAGAUAAGGAUGAAAGGGGGAAUACUCCUAUGCACGAAUCAGUGCGUCCAGGCGAACCGGAAGUGCUCGACACCAUGCUGGAUAUCUACGAGACUAUGAAGAGAGAUGUGGAUAUCAAUGAGCCAAACGAUGUCAAGGAAACAGUACUGCAUCUUGCUGCCAUGGCUGGAUUUGACGAAGGAGUAAAACGGCUGAUUCUUUUCGAGUCAGACUUGAGUUUACAAUGUAAAGAAGGAAAUACUGUCCUCCAUUGUCUCACCAAUGCCAUAGUGGAUAACCCAACCAAAGUUCACAUGUACCUAAAGGUGCUGGAUGCCAUUAUAAAGCAAGCAGUGAGAUGGUGGUGUAUUAAAAUGGCCAUCGUUACCCUGAUGACAACCGAGAUCUGUACUUCCAUUACAAACGACAAGCUGUUCAUCAUCUGAUGUGGGAUCUACAACAAAAGUGACCUGAACGUUCUAUCCCUGGCGUGUCGGGUCGGUUGUGUGCAGGUUGUAGAGCGAAUUAUGCUGAUGGAGCACGUGAUGUGCUUCAGUUUACAGAAGAAAACCAGAUACGACAUCACUCACAUCACACCCAGAACAAACGACUCUUUGUCCGGCAUGCGUGGUAGCGGGAAGGUUGUGCCCAGACCAUCCUGUCUGGAGUGGCUCUUGUCCACAGAAAGUCCUGAACGAGCUGCAAGAGUCCUUGACAUUGCUCCCAUGAAGGAGAUCGAGAGAGUGUACAGUAACGUCGCUGCAGUCACCUACCUCCUUAUCAUCGUCCUACACAUUCUGUACAUGACACUCUUCAGUGUUUCUGCUGUUGCUCUAGGGGAGAAAAGGAGGAAUGCCAGCAUUGAUAACUCCAUUGACGUCUCUACCGUCAUCUUCUAUGCAGUUGUGCCACUCGAGCCGGCUCUACUUCUGUUGUACAUGAUCUACUCAUUCAUUAAGGUACUUUGCCAGGGAGAGUUUACAAUGAAGUACAGACUUCAGAAAGGUUCCAGUGACUUUGUAUCGGUCAUAAUUAGAUAUUUUUCAAUAGUCUUGUCAGUUGUAUAUUCCUGUCUUGUAUUUGUUUGGAUGGGGCUCUACAUGGGCGGAUAUACCUACCAGGACUACAUCCUGGCCCCGGCCCUUCUAAUGGGAUGGUUUUUGACUAUAACGUACACCAGAGGGUUCCGACCUAUCCACUACUUCUGGAGGAUGAUUCAGAACAUGAUCAUGCGGGACGUCAUGAAGUUCAUCUUCAUCUACUGCUUCGUCCUCCUUGGAUUUUCAUUUGCGCUGCACGUCCUGUUCCAGGCGUCCUCCCAAGUCAUCGCGAGCUACCCGAACCCCUUGCACACGAUGUUCCUAACGUUCAACCUAAUGCUAGGUAUGGCCGAUCUGUUUGAUGAAACCUUUGAGACAAAUAUGUCUCUUGCGGGAAGACAUACAGUCUAUGCCAAGAUAAUAUUUCUGGUGUACAUGGUCCUUGCUGCCAUCGUGUUGCUGAAUCUGCUGAUAGCCAUGAUGAACACGUCUUACUCAUCCAUAUUGCAAAAGCAAACACUGUCAUGGCGGAUCGAAUCAGUGCAACUCGGAAUCGACUUGGAGAAGGCCGUUCCUGCUGCUUCCAGACUUUUCGCAGGUGGAAAACUGCAGCGGGGUCAUAUUGUCCCUGAAAAACAGAGCCCGGGGAUGUCAAGUGGUUCAUUGAGGUUCACAACUCAACACAGACAACUGCCCUUAUAGAAGAUGAUCCAGAGAUGGAGGCAGUGAAAGAGUUAACGGAAAGGGUCAAGGCUAUGGAGGUCAAGGUCACUGAACAGAUGAGGCAGGUUCAGCAUACCUUAGAUGAGAUUCGCCAUGAAAUAUUCACAAAGAAGGCUUAAUAACUAUGUGUUUUAAUAAAGCAGUGACACGGGAAAUUUGCCCUGGAAGGAAUGAUCAUAUUUCCGAUUCAUACAACUGUUCUUUGAAUCUGCAUUCUCCCUAUGACGAGUCACAGUAUUGUCGACGAAUUACAGAAGUUACGGGGCGGUGGGGUAGCCUAUAGCUAGUGGUUAAAGCGUUGGCUGGUCACGCCAAAGACCCGGGUUCGA